AAUCAAAACAAGAGACGGACACGCCCUCGUCAAGACACAGACCCAGAGACAGGGAGACAGACACAGACAGGGACACUGACAGGGACGCGGACACCGUGUCUACAGCCGCUUAGAGCAUAUUGUUCUGCCGCCACAGCCGCACAGAGAGCCGCCGGAGCUUCCGCGCUAAUGGAAUCCACAGACGUGUCCCGCCGCGGCCGCUCGUAGAGGUCGAGAAGCGCCCGGAGUCCCGCACGAUGCCGAACCAGAAGAGCAGCAAGGGGAAGCGGAGCCGCCGCACCAACAGCAGCGGGGACGAGCAGGAAAAUGGAGCCUGUGCGGCGGCGGCAGGGGCAGGGGCUGCGGCGGCGGCGGGGGCCGUUGCGGCGGCGGGAGCAGGAGCGGCAGCCGGAGGAGCGGCGGCGGGUGCGGCGGCUGCUGCUGCUGCGCCCCGGAGCGAGCGCUCGAGCGAGUGCCAGUGUGCCACGCCCCUCGGCUGCAGCCUCGGCCGCCCCAUCGACCUGGAGAAGGACGACUACCAGCGAGUGCUCUGCAACAACGAGCUCUGCCCGUACGGCAACUGGAUGCAUCUGCAGUGCUUCUACGAGUGGGAGAGCUCCAUCCUCGUCCAGUUCAACUGCAUCGGCCGUGCGCGCUCCUGGAACGAGAAGCAGUGCCGGCAGAACAUGUGGACCAAGAAGGGCUAUGACCUGGCCUUCAGGUUCUGCUCCUGCCGCUGCGGCCAGGGUCACCUGAAGAAAGACACCGACUGGUACCAGGUGAAGCGCACGCAGGACGAGCGCAAGAAGAAGCCGUCUGAGAGGAGCACGGGCAGGACAGGGGCCAGUGGCGGGGGUCUGGGGUCCGGGGACGGGCCCUUUGAGGAGCCUAAGAAAAGUAAGACACCUGGAGCAGGAGCAGGAGGAGGUAAACUGUCCCACCGGGCCUCGAGUCAGGAUUUACCUCGCAGACAAUCAGUGGACCGACAGAACUCUUCGGAGAGAGGAGCAGCAGUGGGAGGACACUUUCCUCUGGGCCUCCCUCAGAAGUCUCCGUGUGACUCUCCGGGACAAUCUCCUCCCACCGGCUUCUCCCUCUCCCCCACUGCUGCUCCCGGAUCAGGGGGAGCAGGCCUGAGGGGUUCCCGUCAGCUGGGAGAGUUCCUCAAGUCAGCCGUGCACAUGGACCCGCAGAGGAAACACCUCCUGGUCGGGGGGGCCCUCAGCAGGGCGGGCGGCUGCUCUGUGGGAGCCUCCGGAGGCGGGGGGCCUCACCUGGACCCCGGCUCUGUCCUCCCCCUGCCGCUCUCCUUCGCCCUGCCGCUCCACCACCGCCUCGCCUCGGGCAGUGGGGGGGACGGGACCCACUCUCACCCGGUUCAGUUCCUGAGGAGGCUGGACCUCUCGGAGCUCCUGACCCACGUCCCCCGACACAAGCUCAACACCUACCACGUCCGCAUGGAGGACGACGCCCAGGCCGGACAGGGGGAGGAGCUGCGCAGGUUCAUCCUGUCCGCCCUCAGCGCGAGCCAGAGGAACGUGGUGAACUGUGCGCUGUGCCACCGGGCGCUGCCUGUGUUCGAGCAGUUCCCCCUGGUGGACGGGACCCUGUUCCUCAGCCCCUCGCGCCACGACGAGAUCGAGUACGACGUGCCCUGUCACCUCCAAGGCAGGUUAAUGCACCUGUACGCCAUCUGCGUGGACUGUCUAGAAGGCGUCCACAAGAUCGUCUGCAUCAAAUGCAAGUCACGCUGGGACGGGAGCUGGCAUCAACUGGGAACCAUGUACACCUACGACAUCCUGGCUGCUUCCCCGUGCUGCCAGGCUCGACUGAACUGCAAGCACUGCGGGAAGCCGGUGGUGGACGUUCGGGUCGGGAUGCAGUAUUUCUCCGAGUACAGUAACGUCCAGCAGUGCCCUCACUGCGGCAACCUGGACUAUCACUUUGUUAAACCCUUCUCCUCCUACAAAGUUCUCGAGGCUUAUUGACAAAUGUUGUGUGUGCAUGCUCGUGCGGCUGCUCCAGUUCUCGUUGGUUUUUUUCUAACACAAUCUAGGAAAGAUUUUAUUUUUUUGGGCCUUAUGGUGGUUUUAUGUGUUUUAUUUUGUAUGUAAAAGGAAAGAGAAUGAUUCUAGUUUAAAAUAAGAAAUGAAUAAAUAAAUCCCAGGACAGGAUCUCUGCUGUUGGAGAAAGGUGUUGACAAAAGAAAAUGUGGCUUUGACGCUUUUAAGUCAAGCAAACACAUUUUACUGUGACAAGUGAAUGUAUCUGUGCGCCAAAAUGUACUUUUAUUUUUUAACAAAAAGAAAAAUAAAGAUGAAUCUUGAACUGAA